AUGGAAAAUUACGUUCCUGAUGUAAGGGCAACAUCUAAUUUUUCCCAUAAAUGUAAGAUUAUAUCAAAAAAAAUAGACCAAGGGGACGUAUGUGGAGCUCUUAAAUUAGCCUCAUCUAAUGAUAAAUUGGCUCCAUUUGAUGAACAUACUUUUACUUUACUAAAAGAAUUGCACCCUCAGGCUUUUCCUGAAGAUCUUCCCAUCCCUAUAAAACCUAAUUUAAUCGAAAUAGGUAAAGAAGAACUUAUUAAAACAAUUUUAUCUUUUAAUAAAAACUCUGCAGGGGGAAUUGACGGUUUUCGCCCCUCUUAUUUCCAAUUUUUAAUUAACCCUAAAAAUCCUCAUAAAGAUACAUUUGUAAAUUCAUUGGUAAUACUUAGUGAAAAUAUAUUGAACAAUGAUUUACCCAGUCAAAUUCACCAAAUCCUUUUUGGCGCAAGAUUAAUUGCUUUUACUAAGCCUGAUGGUGGAGUUCGGCCAAUCGCAAUAGGGUCUUUUUUUAGGAGACUAUUAGCUAAGAUAAUCGUUGAGCGCAUCAAACCUGAUGCUUCAAAAAUGUUCCAAACAUAUCAACUAGGCUUUGGUACUAAAGGGGGAUGCGAAAUAGCCGCUCACUCUCUUCGCAUAUAUAUCGAAGAUCCUCCUCCAGACGCCGUAGUCUGUAAGCUUGAUUUUAAAAAUGCUUUUAAUUCUUUAUCCAGAAAAACAUUUUUAAACAUUUUUUAUGAAAAAUUCCCAGUUUAUGCAAGAUUUAUUGAACAGUCUUAUGGCUGUAGAACCCCUCUCAAAUUCGGGGAAUAUACAAUUCCUUCUGACGAGGGUAUUCAACAAGGAGACCCUUUGGGCCCUCUGAUCUUUAGUUUAGGUAUACAUAACCUAGUUCAUUGUCUAAAAUCCUCUUUUAAUUUAGAUUUAAACAUAUGGUAUUUAGAUGAUGGUACCAUUUGCGGACCUUCUAAAAAUAUUCUUGCAGCGAUAGAUUAUAUAGAGAAAAAUUCUCUAAACAUAGGCCUUACUCUAAAUAAAUCUAAAUCGGAAAUAUGCUUUUUAAAUUCAAAUACUCUCAAAGUCCAAGGGUUUAAAAUCAUCAAAAAAAGUGAAAUUAAUCUUCUAGGUUCACCUUUAAGCAGUUUUUCCAACUGUGAGGUGUUCGUGGAAAAAUUUUUCGAAGGCUUAUCAGGACUCGAAACUAUUUUAAACGAAAUUCCUUCACACCAGAGCUUUUUUCUUUUAAAAAAAUAUUUAUUUUUACCAAAGAUAGUACAUAUUUAUAGAUCUUCUUCCUUUUUUUUAAAUAAUGAAAUUAUUAAUCGUGUUCAUGAAUUUUUUAGAAGUUUAUUAGAAAAUAUUUUAAAUAUUAAAUUGGAAGAUUUUAAUUGGGGUUUCUCACAAUUACCCUCGAAAAUGGGUGGUUUAGAUUUAUAUCCUUUAAACCUUCUAUCUCUUUCCUCAUUUUUGGCAUCGCGUUUGAUGAAUAACGCCAUGAUAUCUUCUUUUAUCUCUCCUAAAGAUAACCUUUUAAACUCAGCCUUGACAGCCUGGACAUCUUUAGCUCCACCUGAAGCUGUCUUACCCACGAUCUUAACACACCAAUCUCUUUUCGAACCUUUAAUUAAAAAAUUUUUUAAAAUAAUCUCAUCAAACCCCCCUUUGGAGUAUAUUCAACUAUUACAGAAUGCUGACUGUACUAGUGGCUAUGAAUGGUUGGAAGCAUUACCAAGUCGUAACCUAGGUAACCUCUUAUCAGAUGAACAAUUAAGAGUUGCCAUAGGCCAUCGACUUGGAUGUAACAUUGUUCAACCACAUACAUGCAUCAAAUGUAAAACAUUAGUUGACUCCAAAGGGAGACAUGGUCUAAAUUGUAUAUAUAGUCAAGGCAGGCAUGCAAGGCAUGCAGCAAUUAAUUUAGCUAUUAGCCGUUCUCUUACCAGGGCCCGAAUACUAAACAUCCUGGAGCCUACAAAUUUAUCGUUAGAUGGUGGCUUAAGACCAGAUGGUUUAACUUCCGUGCCUUGGUUUUUAGGAAAUCCUUAA